AUGACAACCGCAUCCUUCUCCACUCCCUCCGCCUCCGAAAUGGCCGCCCGAAUAUCAACCUACUCCACCCUCCUCGACUUCUUCACAUCUUCAAAACACAUAUUCCAAAUCCUACACUCGAUAUCUAAUCGCGCAUCCUCCAUGCCAAAAUUCCUCGCAGCAUCAACAGGUUCCCCCCCUAAACCCCUCCACAUCCUGGAUUCCUCAUUCAAUCCCCCGACACUAGCACACCACCGAAUCAUCCUCACAUCUCUUCUCUCCGCGCAACAAAACUCCGCCAAACCAGACCCUCCAAGCCCCCAACAGACCCCGAGACUCCUCCUCCUCCUCGCAACGCAAAAUGCAGAUAAAGCCGCAAAACCAGCCUCUUUCCCGGAGCGAUUAGUAAUGAUGGAACUCUUCGCAUCCUCCAUCCUCUCUUCCCUCUCUCCGCCCCUCUCCAACGAACUAGUCAUAGACAUCGGAGUCACAAAACACCCCUACUUCGUCGAUAAAUCCGCAUCUAUAGCACAAGAAGCCAUCUACGAAAGAGAAGGGCAAAGCGAACAAAUCCACCUCAUCGGGUAUGAUACCCUGACCCGACUCCUUUCUCCGAAAUACUACCCAGGGAAUACGCUGGCAAGUUUGGUGCCGUUUUUGGGGAGGCAUCGUUUGGAGGUUACGUAUCGGACGGAUGAUAAGUGGGGUGAUAGGGGUGCGCAGGAUGGGUUUGUGAGGGGGAUUGGGGAGGGGAGGUUGUGUGUUAGGGAUGGGAUGGCUGUUGAGGGGGAGAAUGAGGGGGGGGGUCUUGAGGAAUAUGGUGGAGUGAGGGCGUGGGUGACUGAGGGGAGGAUUGUGAUGGUUGAGGGAAGGAAGAACGGGGAGGAAGUGGUUAGUAGUACGAAGGUGAGGGAGGCUGUAAAAAAGGGGGAUGAAGAGGCGUUGAGGCAGUUGGUUGAUAAAGGUGUUGGUGAGUUUAUUAGGGAGAGGGGGUUGUAUUUGGAUGAGUGA